AUGGCUCCCGACCUCAACUCUCUUCCCUCAUCGCCUGUGGCGCAGCCUGCUCACAGCAAGCCGGCCAACGGCAAUGGCGCAACCAGCGCGAAGCAGCCCAACAUUCUGUUCAUCAUGGCCGACCAGCUGGCUGCACCCCAGCUGAAGAUGUACAACCCCGAGUCCCAGAUUAAGACGCCAAACCUGGAUGCUCUUGCCGCCGAGUCUGUCCAGUUUGACUCGGCUUACUGCCCCUCGCCGCUUUGCGCACCCUCGCGCAUGAGCUUGAUCACCGGCCUCCUUCCCAUGAAGAUCGGCGCAUACGACAAUGCCAGCCAAAUCUCGAGUGAGGUUCCGACCUACGCGCACUACCUGCGCUUGAAGGGCUACCACACGGCCUUGGCUGGCAAGAUGCAUUUCAUCGGUGACCAGCUACACGGUUACGAAACUCGCCUCACCAGCGACAUAUACCCGGGCGACUUCGGCUGGGUGGUGAACUGGGAUGAGCCUGACACUCGUCUCGAGUGGUACCACAACUCGAGCUCCAUCCUCCAGGCCGGCCCUUGCGUGCGAAGCAACCAGCUGGAUUACGACGAGGAGGUCAUGUACCGGUCGACACAGUUCCUCUACGACCACGUCCGCGAGGGCCCUGAAAAGCGCCCUUUCGCUCUUACCGUCUCUUUGACUCACCCUCAUGACCCUUACACAAUCGAGGACAAGUACUGGGACCUGUACGAGGAUGUUGAUAUCGCUCUUCCCAAGGUCCGCAUCCCCAAGGAGGAGCAAGAUCCCCACAGCAAGCGUCUCAUGAAGGUUUGCGACCUAUGGGACUACGACUUUACCGACGAGCAGAUCAAGCGAGCCCGCCGCGCCUACUACGGCUCCGUCAGCUACGUCGACGACUGCGUUGGUAGGCUCCUGUCCGUUCUGAAGAAGUGCGGUCUUGACGACAACACCAUCAUCGUCUUCAGCGGCGAUCACGGUGACAUGCUGGGCGAGCGUGGGCUUUGGUACAAGAUGAGCUACUUUGAGUCCUCUGUCAGAGUUCCUCUCUUCGUCCGCCACCCCCACGAGUUCGAGCCUCACCGCGUGACCAAGAAUGUGUCAACGCUCGACAUCCUUCCGACACUUUGCGAUCUGGUUGGUACGAAGCCCGCGCCCGGCUUGCCGAUGGACGGCACGUCGCUGUUGCCCCACUUACAGGGCAAGACGGGCCACGACAAGGUCUACGCCGAGUACACGGGCGAGGGCACUAUCAGUCCGCUCGUGAUGAUUCGUGAGGGCCCUUGGAAGUUCACUCAUUGCCCUGUCGACGGCACUCAGCUGUUCAACCUUGAACAUGACCCCCUGGAGCUGGUCAACCUGGCGUCCCAGAAGGCCAUCUCCGGGAAGUUGCUGGAGGAGGAAGCGAAGGCAAAGCUCGAGGAGUACACGGCCGAGACGAAGGCCAAGUGGGACUUUGACGCCAUCACCGAGCAGGUCCUGCAGUCCCAGCGCAAGCGUCGGCUGGUAUGGGGAGCUCUCACCCAGGGAACUUUCACCAGCUGGGACUACGACCCGGUUGAUGACGGCAGAAUGAAGUACAUCCGCUCGCAGAUCCCUCUUGAUGAUCUCGAGCGUCGCGCUCGUUACCCUCCCGUAGACAAGUACGGCCGGGAAGUCGACAGAGCGACGAACGGCCAAAGAGUUUACAGCCAGGCUGGGUCACACGGCCAGUAA